GGAAUUUCAUUCGACGAAGAAGAAGCAGAAGCAGGAAGUGGCUCCAUGCACGAGACUUUUGUCGAAACGCUGCAGUUACGAAGGUAGACGUGAGAGAAGAGCGGGACGUGAUCUGGAAAACUAUCUUUGCACAUCAUGAGUUUGUUAACAAAGCCAAAGUCAGAGAUGACCCCAGAGGAACUCCAGAAAAGAGAAGAAGAGGAGUUCAACACUGGCCCCUUGUCGGUACUUACCCAGUCAGUGAAGAACAACACUCAGGUCCUCAUUAACUGUCGAAACAACAAAAAGCUGCUUGGAAGAGUCAAGGCUUUUGACAGGCACUGCAACAUGGUCUUGGAGAACGUGAAGGAGAUGUGGACAGAAGUGCCUAAGAGCGGGAAGGGAAAGAAGAAGUCUAAGCCAGUGAAUAAGGACCGCUACAUAUCCAAAAUGUUCCUGAGGGGUGACUCUGUCAUUAUUGUGCUGAGAAAUCCUCUGAUUACAGGCAAAUGAAUCGUCUUUCAUGUCUUCUUUUCUAUAAAACUUCAUUUUGAUUGAAUUGUUGGAGUCUCCUGUGUUUUCGUUUAAUAAUAAAAGUGGUGACCAGAA